AUGAAGAAACACACGGAGAAUAAGCAGCGUUCGAGCAGCAAACCGCGCAAGUCCCACGAUCCUUUGAGGAAAAAGAAAAAGGCUCUAAAGAAGCUGCGCAAGAUGGCACCCAAAAUAAAUUUAUCCUACCAGCUGUUCCUCUACCGCCAGGAACUAAGGCGGGCCAGUGCGGACUUCUCCUACUUGCGUCUGUCCAGAGCCAAGAUAAUGCUGACCAAGGAGCUGAUAGCCAAGAAAAUCGGCAGCUGCGAUCAGAUGAGCAGCGUGGACGAUCUGAAAAUGCUCAGCCGGGAGGUGCAGUUCAAGAAGCGUCUCACCAGUCAGGUGGAGCGCCUGGAGGAGUUCAAGAACCUGGGCCUCACCGAGAUGAUACUCGAUGGCAAGAGGACAACCCUAUAG